CAUUUAUGAUUACAAGUGUUUCAGAACUAGUUAACAGGAAAUAUUGUAUUUCUUCAUUGCUUAAUGGAUGGAGGUGUGAUUUAAGAUGAAUUUUAAUCUCUAUUGAUGUAACUCUUCUAACUAAGAAGGAUGUCAGAGAGGUUUGAAGUUCUUGAUUUGGGAGCAUUGGACAGAUUAUUAUCAAGGCAAAGCUAUAUUUGUGGUUAUCAGCUUUCAUCUGCUGAUGUUAUGCUGCAUCGAUCAAUUUCUGCUGCAAGAACUGCUUAUGAAAAGCAUGUCAAUAUUCUAAGAUGGUUUAAUCAUGUAGCCAGUUUUUCUUCUGUUGAAGUAAAGGCAAUAAGCUCAGUUAAAUUUGACACUAUUUCUAUUGAUGGAGUAAAAAUUAUAAAAAAUUUACACUCCAGUCAAUCCUUGGAUAAGAAAGCAAUGGUGCAGCCAAAGGAACAUAAGCAUAAAGAUGAGUCCAAAAGUAAGGGUGAUGGUGGCAGCUCCGUGUGUGAGCUCAAGCCUCCGCCAGGUUUCAUUGAACACAGACUGCAGAUGUGGGAUGAGUUGAAGAAGAAACAAGAUGAUUUUAUUGCAUCCCAAACCCCUGAACCCAUUAAGGUUACAUUGCCUGAUGGAACUGUGAAGGAAGGUCUUUCAUGGCGCACCACCCCUUAUGAUGUGGCUAAGGAGAUUAGUCAGGGUCUUGCCGAUACCACUGUGGUGGCUAAGGUGGAUGAAGAGGUCUGGGAUCUUGAUCGGCCUCUCACUCAAGACUGUAGUUUGAAACUGCUUAAAUUUGAUGACCCAGAUGCUAAACAGGUAUUCUGGCACUCGACUGCUCACGUGCUGGGCGAGGCAAUGGAACGCAUCUAUGGAGGCAAGCUGUGCUAUGGACCGCCCAUAGAGGAGGGCUUCUACUACGACAUGCAUCACGAGGGAGACGGUGUGUCGUCCACGGACUUCCCUGUCAUUGAAGACCUCAUGAAGAAAAUAUCUAAAGAAAAACAGCCUUUUGAGAGGCUAGAAGUAUCCAAAGAAGACCUCAUCAAGAUGUUCGAGUACAAUCCUUUCAAGGUGCGAAUCAUCAAGGAACGCGUGACGACGCCAACGACGACUGUUUACCGCUGUGGUCCGCUCAUCGAUCUCUGCCGCGGCCCACAUGUCAGGAACACCGGCAAGAUAAAGGCCAUGGCUGUGACGAAAGCGUCUUCUUCAUUCUGGGAGGGCAGGGCGGACGCUGAAUCUCUUCAGCGCGUUUACGGCAUCAGCUUCCCCGACCCCAAGCAGCUAAAAGAGUGGAAACAUCUUCAGGAAGAGGCCGCCAAGCGCGAUCACAGAAAACUUGGUAUCCAGCAGAAGCUUUUCUUCUUCCACGAACUGAGUCCCGGCAGCUGCUUCUUCACGCCUCGUGGAGCCUUUAUCUACAACGCCCUCAUCUCUUUCAUUAAGGAUGAAUAUCGGAAACGAGGUUUCCAGGAAGUGAUUUCGCCAAAUGUGUACAACACCAAAUUGUGGGAGACAUCGGGCCACUGGCAGCACUACGCAGAGAACAUGUUCUGUUUUGAGGUCGAGAAGGAAAAGUUUGCUUUGAAGCCAAUGAACUGUCCUGGUCACUGCCUCAUGUUCAAUCACACAUCCAGGUCUUGGCGCGAGCUGCCCUUGCGCAUGGCAGACUUCGGAGUUCUGCACCGCAAUGAACUUUCUGGCGCCCUCACCGGCCUGACGAGAGUCCGACGCUUCCAACAGGACGAUGCCCACAUUUUCUGCGCACCCUCCAUGAUCAAGGAUGAAAUCACGGGGGCUUUGGACUUCCUCCAGUCCGUCUAUGGCAUUUUCGGCUUUGAAUUUAAUUUGUGCCUCUCUACUCGUCCGGAGAAAUACAUGGGAGAGUUGCAGCUCUGGGAUGAAGCCGAAAACCAGCUGAGGGAAACUCUCGAUAAUUUCGGGAAAGCAUGGACGCUGAACCCCGGUGAUGGAGCUUUUUAUGGCCCCAAGAUCGACAUCACCGUCACCGACGCGCUGCGGAGAUUGCAUCAGUGCGCCACCAUCCAGCUGGACUUCCAAAUGCCCAUCAGAUUUGACCUGAGCUACGUGUCAGAAACCGGAGAGAAGAAGCGCCCUGUUAUCAUUCAUCGCGCUAUCCUGGGGUCGGUGGAGCGCAUGAUCGCCAUUCUGACGGAGAGCUACGCGGGCAAGUGGCCCUUCUGGCUGAGCCCCCGCCAGGUGCUGGUGGUCCCUGUGGCUCCGCCCUUUGACGAAUACGCUGUCAGUGUGCGGAACAGGCUACAUGCUGCCGGCUUUGAGGUCGAUGCCGACACCGACGCUGGCGACACGAUGAACAAGAAGAUCCGCAACGGUCAGUUAGAGCAGUACAACUUCAUCUUGGUUGUCGGUGAGAAGGAGAAGGCGUCUGGCACCGUCAACGUGCGUACCAGAGACAACAAAGUACACGGAGAGCACGGCAUUGACGACGUCAUUCAAAAGCUCCGAGUCCUCAAAGAUAACCGCGUUUAUAACUGGCAAGACUCCUUCUAAAGCUCUGCCUUAACUGUUUCAAUCUUCAGGUCUAAAGUUCUUUCUACAAGAACAUGAUUGCUAUUCUAUACUUUUUUUGUCGUCGGUGAAUGUCAAAGCGAUGACGACGUGUGGUUUCAGCUAUAUAUUAUUUUGGUUUUCUCAACUUUCUAAUUUCAGCCAUAAAAUUUGAUUUUAAAUUUCACAUGAGAAAAAAUCCAAAAAUAUCGUACCAUACCUCGUUUUGAACCAGUUUUUGUUCCUCUAGUAAGGUUAGUAAUAGUCGUAAGGUUUUCUUUUGAAUAUUUAAGGGUUAGACUUUUUUAUUUUAGUAAUUUCCUGGCUGUUUUCUAGCUUUCUAACUUAUGAUUUCUAUUUGUAGUAGUUUUAACAUGUAAGAAGAUGAUCGAGUACUCGUGUUGCAUCUGCUGUAAAUGAACUCAUUUCUGCAUGGGUCGGUAGUCAAGUUUGAACUUGUGGGAAUGUGGGCGUUUUUUUUAUUAUUUCCUGUGGUCGAUGAACUUUCAGUGAAUAAUCGACUGAUUGGGUAAUAAAACUAACUACAUUUUCAAUUUUUCUACAUACGAAUUUACAGAUGGUGAAACCAGGAUAAUUCGUUAGAUUGUCUCAUUUGCGGUUAUUGCACCAGUACCAGCUGAAGUUACAACCGUUUACAUUUAAAUCUUCAGCAGAUUACACCGGAUAUAAUAAAUCUGUACCAAAAUACGUAUCAAUCAUGAGUUUCGUUACUACUGUUUUUGCCGAGUGUUAUGAAAGUUUUUAUUAUCGAAUGGCAAUCUUCAUGUUUUCGCUUUUUCGGAUGGUUUGCUCCUUUACGUGUUGGUCUUGGGCGAAUAGAUUUUUCUCAUUGAUAAUAUAUGCAUUAAAGGGUGUUUGUCGUCUGUGUUUGAUCUGGCGCGAGUAAGAGUUUUUUUUAUAAAUUCCCUCAAUUUUGGAAGAUUUUAAUUGCCGUCCUGUUGUAGGUCAAAACACAUUUUGAAAUUCCAACAAGUGUCAAUGCUCUAUUGCAAAUAUAUUGCAAUUGGCAA